CAGGCGGCCGAGAAGAUGGCGGACAUUCAGACCGAGCGUGCCUACCAAAAGCAGCCAACCAUCUUUCAAAACAAGAAGAGGGUUCUGCUUGGAGAAACUGGCAAGGAGAAGCUCCCGCGAUAUUACAAAAACAUCAGUCUGGGCUUCAAGAUGCCCGAGGAGGCCAUCGAGGGCACCUAUAUUGACAAGAAAUGCCCCUUUCCUGGUAACAUCUCCAUCCGAGGGCGGAUUCUGUCUGGCGUGGUGACCAAGAUGAAGAUGCAGAGGACCAUUGUCAUCCGCCGAGACUACCUCCACUACAUCCGAAAGUACAACCGCUUCGAGAAACGCCACAAGAACAUGUCCGUGCACCUGUCCCCCUGCUUCAGGGAUGUCCAGAUCGGCGACAUCGUCACAGUGGGCGAGUGACGGCCCUUGAGCAAGACUGUGCGCUUCAACGUGCUCAAAGUCACAAAGGCUGCUGGCACCAAGAAGCACUUCCAGAAGUUCUGAGGCUAGACGUCUCCCACACCCCCAAAGAAAUAAAGUUAUUUUCCCAGUCAUG